AUGACAAGCAAAGGUCACAAAAGAAAAUUAAGUCCUGUGUUGUCCACAGAAGAAAGUAGUACAGAGAACCCACGACCAAAGAAACGUGUCACCUUCUCAACUGCUUUAAAUACUACGGAAACUUAUCAGAUAGAAACAGAAGAAGAAAGUGACGAUGAUGAUCUAAUGAGCGAUGAUUCGCAUACGUCUUGGGCUGAUAGAAUUAAAAAUGAUUUGGAUCCCAUUCAUGAUAUUCAAACACUCACAAACACGGCUUUGAAUAGUGGUGUUUAUAUGGAGGAAAUGCUAGGAGGAUUGAUUGAAACAAAGAAAGGUGAAAAAAAAAACGAAAUUGUUGAAGAAAGUAACGGAGAAACAAUAGAGGAUGAAGGAACAAAUGGACUAAAGGAAACAACUGAUUUGUUUAAAUCGAAUAUAUUCAAACUUCAAAUUGAUGAACUAUUGAAAGAGAUAAGUAUAGAUUUCACAGCAACUUCAAGACUAGAAAACGCGUUAAAUAAGUUGAAACAGAUUUUCGAGAACAUGAAUGAUAAACUAGAUCUUCCAAUCAAACUUGCAAAGUCUAUUUUUGAUAAAAAAUAUAAUAUCACAAUUCCAUUUCCUGAUCCCGGUCCUACAUGCGUUCAAUAUAAGUUUGGAUUUGAGAAACCGACUGCCUUUUAUUUGGUUGGCAGUUAUCCAUUAAAAGGUGUGAUCCGUAGGCGCCAAGGUUUUAACGUGGAUGUUGCGGUCAUCAUGCCUAAGUCAAUAUUUCAGGAAAAAGAUUACAUGAAUUACCGUUAUUUUUAUAAAAGAGCAUAUUACUUGGCAGUAUUGGCUGCCGCUCUUCAAGAUGAAACUUCGGGGUUCAGUGCUAAAGUCAAAUUUGAUACAUUAGAUGGGGAUAGACGUCGACCUAUCAUACUGCUUGAAUCAUCUGAUGAUGAUUCGGACACUGAUUAUUCAGCAUUAAAUUGCACUAUACGCAUAAUUCCAUGCAUUCCAAUGGACUUAUUUCCGCAACAACGUUUGUCACCUUCUCGUAACAACGUUCGCCCGCUUCGUGAUCAAAAUACUGAAGAUCAACAAGAUCAAAGUCAUUCGUUACCACCGACACCACAAUAUAAUUCAGCAAUAUUGAAAGACGCAUAUUUUGUUUCACACUUAAACCUUUUAUACAAACACACUAAGGAUUGUCCUGCGUUCAUUGACGCAUGCAAACUGGCAAAAGUUUGGCUUCACCAAAGAGGUUUUGAUUUGGAAAAGAAUGGCUCGAACGGUUUCAACGGGUUUUUAUGGUCGAUGCUAAUGAUCUAUCUGUUACAUGAUGGAGGUCCAAAUGGUGACAAGAAAUUGGCCAAUGCAUAUAGUUCCUACCAAUUGAUCAAGGGAACUAUGGAUUUUUUGGCAAACCAUAACUUUUUGGAAUCACCUGUAUUUAUGAAUAACUCUGAAUUCACUAGGAAAUCAUUUAUAGAGAAUUUUGAUGCCGUAUUUGUUGACGAUUCUGGAACGUUGAACUUGUUUAGUGGAAUAUCAAGGACAGAGCUCGAACAUUUGCAAUUUGAGGCAAAAUUGGCAAUGAAAUAUUUUAAUGAAAGCGUAGAGGAUCGGUUCGAUGCUAUAUUUCUACGGAAAGUUGAUGACAUGAAGUUAAAAUAUGAUAAUGUUGCACGUAUAGUUCAGUUGCCUGUGAAGUAUGAAGAAUAUACGGACUCGGUUAAAUUGGAUUAUCCCGACCAGUUUAUAUAUUUCGCACGAACAAUACCAUCCUUGUUGAAACGAGGACUCACUAAUCGCAUCAAACUCAUUACCAUACACUAUGACAAGUUGCCACCUUGGUCAAUUUCUGAGCGUCCUAAAGCUUAUAACUCGGCAAAAAUCAAUUUUUAUUUGGGUUUCUUAUUAAAUCCGGAAGAGUCAAAUCGAUUGGUCGAUUAUGGUCCCACACCUGAAGAUGAAAAUGCAGCAAAAGAAUUUCAGAAGUUAUGGGGUAAAAAAGCUGAAGUACGACGAUUCAAGGAUGGCAAAAUUCUCGAAUGUGUGGUUUGGGAUUAUAAUGGAAUAGAAUCGCGUGGUUUAAUUAUCAACAAAAUAGUUCUUUAUUUACUUUCGCUUCAUUACGGAAUCAAAGAUGAGGGAAUUCGGUAUUUUGCCGGACAAUUUAAUAAAUUUGUUAAACCGUCUCCAGCCGUUCCAAUGCAAAUAUUUGAUCAAGAUACCAUCGACAAGGGAUUUCAACCGGUGAUGACCGCAUACGAUGAGUUAUCAAAGGUAUUGCUAUCGAUUGAAGAUCUUCCUCUUAAAAUAUCUAACAUUAGGGCAACAAGUUCGGCAUUAAGAUACGCAUCAGUAUUUGUUCCUCAGCCAUGUCAACAAUCACAAAAGAAACCUAAAAAACUUGGGAUGUACUUGAUUUCUCGUAAAUAUGAUCCAGAUACUCUUCAUUAUUGCGAACCAAUAGAUAUUCUAAUACAGUUUGAAGUCUCAACAAAAUGGCCUAAUGACCUUGUAGCUGUUCAAAAGAUGAAACUGGCAUUUUAUAUUAAGAUUUCUGAACAAUUGAAAUCCAAUAUUCAUGGAAUUAAAGCGACAGUGGUGACAAAAAAUAGCGAUACGAUAAUAUCGCCCACAUCUUAUUUGGAAAUCUUCAUUUCAGGAUACGCCUUUAGGUGUAGAAUUUAUUAUGAACGCGAAAUCUCAAUGUUAGAACGUGUUAUUGGAGAUAAAACAUCUUUGUCAAGGAAAAAAGAAGUUUAUAAGAAUGCGUUGGAGGUUGACAAGCGGCUAUUCAUAGAUCUACCGUUACAUAGUUCACAAAUCCAAACAUUAUGUAAUAAGUAUCCUUCUUUAUCAUUGACUAUUAGACUUGCGAAGAGAUGGUUUAUGGCACAUUUGCUAGAAGGACACGUUGAUGAAGAGUUUAUAGAGGUUUUAAGUGCUUUCGUCUAUCUGGAACCACAACCUUGGUCUAGACCUGCUUCGGGCUUCGUUGGAUUUCUUAGAGUGCUAAAGGUAAUCAGCGCUUGGGAUUGGAAGAAUGAACCCAUGAUCGUGGAUUUAGGAGAAAACCUUUAUAGUGACACUUCGUCACCUAUCAGUAGCGAUCAUGAUAAAGCAAGUAGUGUAGUAGAGGAGGUUAAAAAAAAAUUCAGGGACAUCAGGGGAAACGCUGAUAAUGAACAUGGUACAUUAUUUAUAGCAACAACCUCUGGGCAGAUAUGGGGGAUGGACAAACCAUGUAAAGUUGUUGCAAGAAGGAUUCAAGAUUUAGCCCAUGCUGCGAUUACAUGUAUUGACGAUAUUAUGAAUAAAGAGACGACAACAAGGUUCAAGAGUUUAUUUGUUGCACCGCUGAAAGAUUAUGAUGUAUUGAUAUUUCUUGAUCCCAUCCAAUGCCCACGAUAUUAUCAAAAUAUCUCGGUUGAAAAAAAACACCUCCUUCAACUGGUUAGUAAGAAAUUUAUCUGGAGUACGAUUGAAUAUUACAGAGAAAAAAGUAAAUGGACCGGUUUUGAUCCAGUUGAGUGGUAUCUAAACGAAUUACGGGGUUUGUAUUCAGAUAUAGCGCUAUUCUUUCAUAACAAGUAUGGCGGUGACAUCAUUGGCGUUGUAUGGAAGCCAAUAUAUUUCAUGCCCAGGCCAUGGAAGGUUAAUCUUGGCUAUUCGAGUAUGUUGACAGAGAGUGAGACACCACAUGGCAAAGAUUUAAAUUUAGUAACAUUAAAUAGUAAGGCCAUUGCAUUGGAAAUGAUAAGAUUGGGUCAAAGGUUGGUUACUAGAUAUGAAUUCAGAAAGUAA